CGCGUUGCACGAUAGUUGCCAACACGGUUCACAUCUCGUUCGACUUGCUCCACUUUAUAAUUUGUGCUGUUGAAUUAUAAAGCAAAUUCAUAAUCACUGCUUUUAGUUGGUGGUUGUUAAUCAAAGAAAACAUAAUUCAAAUAUGCCUCCUUCUCCAAGCUCCACGAAUGUAGGAUCUGGUGGUCGUUCACCAAGCAAGGCGACUACCGCACCAAGAUCAUCCAGCGGCAGCACAGUUCGUCAGCGAAAGUCCACAACAACCACUACUGCUGCGAGGAAUCGCAGCACUGGCGCUGGAUCAGGUGGAAUGUGGCGUUUCUAUACUGAUGAUUCUCCAGGCGUCAAAGUAGGACCUGUUCCAGUUUUAGUCAUGUCUCUACUCUUCAUUGCAUCAGUGUUCAUGCUUCACAUCUGGGGAAAAUACACAAGAGCGUAAACAGAACCAUAUUUAAUAUUGUCUGUUAUGAGUAUGAGUGAAAGUACUAUGUGAAUGAUAUGGAGUUGGUGUUAAGAUAUGUUUUUUUAUUAAAUUAUGUAAUUUAAUCUUAUUCUGCAGUAAAAUAAGUUCUAUACAUUAUAAA